AUGAAUGAAGCAGAUCGAGUUUUUGAUAUGAUGCUUCAGAGGAACAUCAAGCCUAAUGAAGCAAUUUAUAAUAUUCUCGUACAUGGUCAUUGUAGAGGUGGGAAUUUGAACAAAGCAAUUGAUCUGUAUGGGGAAAUGGUGCAUCAUGGACUUAUUCCUCAUGCUGUAACUGUCAUUGUUCUAAUUAAAGAAGUCCAUAAAAUUGAUAUGGAAAGACCAGCGUACCUUUCAAGUGGACCUCCUCUUUGGCAUACUUUUUCCACUUUGUAUAGCAAUAGGAGUCAGUCACCUUCAAGGCAAGGAAGGCUGCUUGGAAGAAAGUUGAAGAGACAGGGAAGCCACUGUAAUGGCAUUUUGUGGCCAUAUCAGAGUGGUCUCACAUUAUCGUUGGGGUCUCUAUUUCAAAGAAUUCGGCGGAGGCUAAUAACACAUGCUCAUGCUGAUGCUGGUGCUGGACCUGGACAGGACUGGUAUUAA